AUGGGCGGAGAUACCCUGAUCUGCGAUGCGAGGCUUUUGUCACAGUUCGAUACCACAAUGAGGCGAACUAUGUAUGCGUGCAUUGCCUGGCCCGAUGAUCGGCUCUAUCGAUUGGUGUUUCUGGAUCGUGUCAUUGCCUGUGGUUUUAGAGAAAUUGAUGCUGUGAAUACGGAACGAUCCUCUGCUCAAAGAUUUGCUGAACUGCAAUCAAAUUUGGCAUAA